AUGGAGCACACUUCUCACUCUGUGCCAUGUUCCCUGUCUGUUUCAGCUUUCCUGAUUGCAGCUGCCUUGUUUACCCUUCCCAUCCCUCUGCUGGUGAAGGCCUACAAGGUCUUCCUCAUCCUGGGAUGUGUUACAGUAUCCUACUUGCUCCCCGAGUUUACAUCAAAUUACAUUUCCUUUGGCACUGGUGUCAGCAUCCAAGUCUCUCUGGGAAUUACAUACUGCCUCCUGAUGUCCUCACUUAGUCUACCCUUCCAAUUCAAGGAAUUGGCUGCAUCCUUGUUUUGGAUCCCCAAUGUGAUACAAGUUCAGUCAUUUCCCAUCCGCCUUCUCACCUUCAUCAUCCCCCUUUUAGGUGUAAAUCGCUCACACUUGAGUGCUUUAUCAAGAGAUGUGAGUACCCUGGUUUCAGGAUCUCUAUGGGUACGUGAUUUCAUUACAUCAUUUGGACUUCAUGCCUUCAUGGAGAUGCAAUGGGCCCGACUGAAAGUCCCACGGGCAUUGCGGUACUUCUGGAUCUUGCGAUCAUUGGCACAGAUCCAUGGAAUCAUUUCACAGAUGGAUGUCAAAGGGAAGACAAAUGUAGAAAUCUUUACAGAGGUUGCUGGGGAAACCCUGACGCAUGGAUGUGAUACAUUUGUGGCUGUAAUGGGAAUGACUGCUGUCAUUUCAUCUCUGUGCCACUUCCUUGGAACUCUCUUCCAGAAGUUCUUGCAGUACAAUUCUGAAGAGCAUCAGAUAGGAACAAUAUCAGCUAUCAUGUUCUUCAUCCUUGCCCUACAAACUGGGUUGAGUGGUCUGAGCACUCAAAAACGCCUCAAUCGGCUGCUAAAGAACAUGUGUCUCCUCUUUACAGCUGUGCUUCAUUUUGCUCACAACAUGCUGAAUCCUGUACUCAUGUCAUUGAGUGCAUCACAAAGUCCAUCUGUCUGGCACCAUACAAGGGCCAUUAUUGUGUCUCUAGUCCUCAUCUCAACUCCUAUCAUUCUGAUCAAUCAACUCUGGACAUACUGUAACCUCAGCACAUGGCUUCUGGCUGUCUCAGCUUUCUCUAUAGAAGUGAUAGUGAAAGUGCUUGUGUCACUUUCCAUCUACACGCUAUUUCUGGUUGACUCCCGACGUGAUGUCUUCUGGGAGAAUCUGGACGACUAUGUGUAUUAUAUCCGUGCUUUUGGGAACACGGUUGAAUUCAUUUUUGGGAUCUUCCUAUUCCUCAAUGGUGUAUGGAUCCUUGUGUUUGAGUCCGGUGGUGCCAUUCGGGCAACCAUGAUGUGCAUCCAUGCUUACUUCAACAUCUGGUGUGAGGCUCGCCAUGGGUGGCACGUCUUCAUCAAACGGAGGACAGCUGUGAACAAGAUCAACUCAUUACCUGAUGCCACCAAAGAGCAGUUGGAGAACUUCAAUGACAUUUGUGCUAUUUGUUAUCAGACAAUGAACAGUGCAAAAAUAACAAGGUGCCAGCACUUCUUUCACAGCCUGUGCUUAAGGAAAUGGCUCUAUGUCCAAGAUCGUUGUCCUCUGUGUCACAAAGUUCUUUACAAGUCAAAGAAGUCUGAGAGUAGAGAUGAGGGAAGUGAAGCUCAUGAGGAGGAAGAAAUCAUUGAAGAAGGACCUGGGAUUGCCCAAAUAGAAAACAUUGCCCCCCUCCACCAAGAGCAUGAUGACUGA